CGGUCUCGCGAGAAGAGGCGGCGGCGGCGGCGGGGAGGCGGGCGGCAUGGGGCCGUGCGGGCGGGGCUGGGCGCGCUGCGGGGGCCCGCGGCUCCCCGGCGCCCUCUGGGCCCUGGCGCUGGGCCGGGCCCUGCCGCGGGCUCGGUGCGGGCUGUGGGCUUUGGGCGGCGGCGGCCCGGCCGCGCAGCCGGCCCGCGGGCUGCGCGGCUCCAACCCCUUCACCCGCGGGCAGGAGGAGGAGUGGCGGCGCCGCAACCGCACGGCGCUCACCUACAUCGCCGCCGCCGCCGUGGGCAUGGUGGGCAUGUCCUACGCGGCCGUGCCGCUCUACCGCCUCUACUGCCAGGCGACCGGCCUGGGCGGGACGACGGGAGCGGGCGGCGGCUCGGCGCGGAUCGAGAGCAUGGAGCCGGUGCAGGAGCGGGUCGUCAAGGUCACCUUCAACGCUGACGUGCACGCGAGCAUCCACUGGAACUUCAGGCCUCAGCAAACAGAAAUCUACGUGGUACCAGGAGAGACUGCACUGGCAUUUUAUAAAGCAAAAAAUCCUACUGACAAACCAGUAAUUGGAAUCUCUACCUACAAUGUAGUACCGUUUGAAGCAGGACAGUAUUUCAAUAAAAUACAAUGUUUUUGUUUUGAAGAACAGCGGCUUAAUCCUCAAGAGGAAGUAGACAUGCCUGUCUUUUUCUACAUUGAUCCAGAAUUUGCAGAGGACCCUAAAAUGGCUAAAGUUGACUUGAUCACUCUCUCUUACACCUUUUUUGAAGCAAAGGAAGGGCAUAAAUUACCACUUCCAGGAUAUCAGUAAUAGGCAAUAUCUACAUAAUUAGGACUUCUGCUACCUGAUCACCAGUUUUGAGACCAUUUUCCCAUGGAAGGAGAAACUAUAAAAACUACACACGAGUACUGUGCAAUAUGAAAUUAUAUUAUUAAACCACUGUGGGCACAUGCUGCUGUUCUGACAGAAUUUUUUCUAUUUUUUUUAAACUCAUGUACUUAUAAUUGCCUUAGGAAUAGUAUUUUUACCAUUAGAACACAAGAAAUCUCUAAAGGCAGCUGUCUCAAAGCCAUCUCUUAUAAUGAUACAUGCUACCUGAAUGUGAUGAGGCAGAUCUUUAAAUCCAAGUGCAAACUGAGAUUUUCAGUUUUACUUUCAAAGGAACAAAUUGUUUAAUAAACGUCUAAAAUUGCAUUGCUGACUUCCAUUUACCUUGUAUUUUCAGUGAAAAUUUUUACAGUAACGUAUUUAAUCAAUUCAUGGAAUCUCAAACUAAAAGAGUGAAUUGCUAAGUAACCCUCCCCCAGCAGAGAUGAUGGUGAUUCAGUAGAUGGUGCUGCCUCUUGAAUUAUUACUGAAUCAGUAGUUUAUUUGGUAAGAGCAGACUGCUCUGGAACUGUUAUCAUUUGAAUGAGGUAAAGUAAAUGUAAGCAUUUCAGAAUUGUGGACUCCUUGUAGAAGUGUCUGACUUGAGAUGCAACUACUCUUUUUGUCUUUGUACAUUUCCUGCAGGAUUUGUAUUUAGAAAUACCAUCUCAAAAUUUGGAUAUUGUGUUCAAGUCAUUUAAAAUUGGUACUAACUGCUGCCCUCUCACCUCUGAGGGGGCCGUAUCCUGGGCACCUUAACUAGAGGGAAGCUAGGCUUAUGUAUGAAGUGCUUUGAAGGGAAAGGCAGUAUAUAAACAACUGUUCUGAAUUUCAGGUUAACUUAGUAGGCACAGGCGUCUGCUCAAAAACCAAAGUCAACCACAAUCAGAGGUUAAGUCCAACAAAGCCUGUCUGGAAGCAUAUCACUUGAUCAGAGGUACACCUAGGUAUUCAGAGUGUUUACUGCCAGAACACAUAAGACUGUAUUUAUGUAAGUUUUUGUCAUUAUCUGUGUGGUAGGGAUAAUACUACUUUAUCUUUGCUUUGCAAAUGAGGAGCAAGUUGCAGAGCAAGUUUAAAUGACCUACCCAUUUUCAGACAGGAGGUAGUCUCAGCCCAGUAUCUCAUUUCCUAGGCCAGUUCUUUCUACCCCUUUCAGUAGAGGAGAUCUAACAAAAGACAAAUGUUUGUUCUGACUGUAAAAAGGUAAUGGGUAUAUCAGAAAUAACUUUCAAUCACAUCUCAAUUAUGUUCACAUACAAAUUAAAAAAGUGGUCUUUGAAAAUACAUAGAAGCUACCUUUAAAAUGCAUUAUUGUACUAAAUAUAUUUGUAACUUAAAAAAAUCUGGAUGUUAGUAAUGUCAGAUCUUCACUGUGUAUUUAUUAAAGUUUGAAAACUUUU